UAAGGGCGAGAGUCAGAAGGGGGCCUGGCCUUAAGCCUCCUGCUGCCUUCAGCCCGAAUCUGCAUUUCAUGACAGGAUUAACCACCUGUUGGAAACCAGGGCCUCCCCUCCUGAACCUUGGGUGGUACAGCAUCUUGGUCCCUCUGCCCUCCCCAACCCAGGAUUGCCCCCGUUGCUUCCUGAGGGACCCCUCUGCUCUGACCUGGGAGCCCCAAGUAGACCUCCAGCAGCACCCGUAGACCUCCAGCAUGGGGACACCUGUGCCCUUCCUCCCGGAGGGCUUGGCCCCAAGUCAUGCCCAGGCCUCAACCCUUCUUGCCAGUGCUGCUGACUGAGUGGACCACCCAGGCACCCUGGACUCUAUAAGGCAAACACAUCCUUCAUCCCAGCCCCCAAACCCACCCUGCGUUCUGGGCAGCAUCUCUGUCAGCUGUGCCUCCCCAAACCUAGGAGGCAGGCCCCUGAGUCCGGUCUCUCAGAGUACCUGUCUGCCCUCCCUUCAGGACAGAUAAGCCUCGCCUCUGCCCAAAGCCUGCUGCCCACCCCCUUCACCUGCCCGGGCUGCCCCCACAGACCCUCCAAAUUAGAGGGAAGCCAAGCCCUCCCAGGACGCAGGCCCCUCCCUGACCUCCGAGCCUCCUUUUGGGAACCUCUGCUUUCUACCCUCAGCUCCCGAGGAGUUCGCUCUCAUGUACCCUCCCCUCCUCCAUGCCUCCACUGGAUUUAUUUUCUGGUUGACUGCUGCCUCCAUGGGAGCAUCUGCUCCGUGAGUGAGGUGCUCCACAAAGCCCAUGAGGCUCAUGGCCGCAUCCCCAGCUCCCGACACACUGCCCGGCACCCAGAGCACUCAGGAGAUACUGGUUGGGGGGGUGGACAGACGGAUGGACAGAUGGGUGGGUGGGCAGGUGGUGAGUGAGUGGGUAGGUGGAUGGGUGCAUCUCCUAACAGCUGUCUGUGUUGGGGUCCCAUGAGGCUGGAGCAGUAUGACUGUUCCUCGGGUUUGCUCCCCAGUUUCUUGCUGAUGGGAGUGACCAUCUGGCAUAGUGGAGGGCACGGGUUCAAGUCGGGUUCCGCUGGGCCUCCAGCCUCAAGCGUUGUUGCGAGCACCAGGGUCAGGGGUGGGGGAGGCCACCAGGGAUGCGGCCUGGUGCCGUGGUCCAUGCUGGGCUCAGCCGUGUCCAGGUUUCUGCCCCAGCCCCAUUCUCAGCCUCCAGUCCUGGAGACAGAGUCAGCGCAACAAGAGCAGGGUUACCUCCAGCUCAGCACAGGGCUCCUGGGUGGAGCCUUUAGGAAGAGUGGCCUCUUUGAAGACUGUGCCCUUGCAUUCCACAGGAAGGCCACGUUCCCACCAGAACGGCAUGUACUGGGGCACCCAGUGACCCUCCGGUCACAUCACCCUCGGGGAUUCUCACCAAGAACCUGUCCUGAGAACUCCCAGCAUUUCUCCCUAGAGGAGCUGCUUCCGGGACCCAAGAGGCAGUUCAGAGGGCAGAAGAGCAGAGCGUCAUCGUGUGUGCUUACGGAUUCAGAAGGAAUGCUGACAUCACCGUUGGCCACUGGGCGGUGUGCUGCAAUGGGCUGCAGCACCCUCUACUCCAGAGAUACCAAUGUGCACCUGCAAGACUUAAGAACAGCGCCCCCUGGAGUUGUGCUCCCUCCAUGGCUGGGGACCAGAUGUGCCCAGAGGGCUGACUGUGCUUGGGGGGGUGUGGGGGGCAUCUUGGGUAGUGUCCUCUGGACUCUGCAGGAGUGUGAUGGUCUGAAAACAGCCCCUCUCUUGCCACCACCUGGCCGCCCCGAGCCUCCCCAACCUGGUCCCGCCCCGUGGGUGGCCCGUGGGUUUGUGGGCACACACGCUGUCUCGGUCUGCUUGUGCGGCCAGGACAAAGUGGCAGACUUGGAGCUUAGAUGGCAGACCUAUUUCCUCACAGAGUUGGAGGCUGCAAGUCCGAGAUCAAGGCUGGACAGGGUUGGUUCCGCUUCCGGCGAGAGCCUCUUCCUGGCUUCCAGUCGCUGCCGUCUCCUCAGGCAGCCUUUCCUCAGAGCACAGGCAGGAGGGGAGAGAUCUCUCUCCUCCUCUUCUUACAAGGCCGCGGAUCCUAUUGACUAGGGCCCCACUCUCGUGCCCUCAUUCAGCCCAACUGCCUCCUAACCCCACCACCUCCAAACCCUACCACAGGCCGGGGGGAGCCUCAGCACAGGAGUUCCGGGGGACACGGUUCAGUCCAUGACACCCACGGGAAGGCCACAACCAUGCAGCGUAAUCCAGAAAGUUAAGAUAAUGCAAGUAAUCAGUCCAAAAAGAGCUGCGACCUCCCUCGCUUGCUGGGAACCUCACGUCAAGCAGACAAAAGUGGAAAACCUCGCAUCUGGUCCGUCAUGCUGGCCUUGGCUAUGCGUUUCAUUCGCGUGGUUGGUUUGUGAGAAACAGCCUGUGAAUAAAGAGGCAAAGGCUUU